GUUCAUUUUUUCCUUUCAUACCUUCAUUCAUCCUCAUCACUUUCAUAACCCAACACAACACAACAACACAUCAAAACUCCAACGUUAUUCUCACCAAAAAGUUUGUGCAGCGAUUAAAUCCACAAUUACCCUUUUAACCCCACUCCCAUUUCUCUCCUUUUUAUAUUCUCUAUGCGUUUUCUCAACUAGUUUUCACUUUUGAUCUUUUGUUUUAAUUUCAUUUCUUAGAUACAACCCAGAUUCAGUGAAAAUUCUGAAAGCUGAUAAAAACAAAAACAAAAAAGUUUCGACAGUUUCGUCUUUAGCGAAGUGAUUAUGGCGGUCGCUGAGAAUGUUGUUGGAACCAAAAUCGAUGCUUCCGGUGACAAUUUGGACAAGAGUGUGGUUUCAUCGGACUCGACUGAGGUUGAGAAAUCGAAACCCAAAAGUGAUCAGAAUCUGAACAACACCAACAACAACUCCAACGGUGUUCACACCGUUCCGAAUGGGAAUCAUGGGUUCCUGAGUCAUCAGAUGGGUCAGAUGCAUGUGAAUGGGGCUCAGAAUCAGCUUUUGGUUGUCAACAAUGGUGGCGAGAGUUUCAAGCGUGAAAUGAGGGAUUUGGAAGAGUUGUUGUCUAAGUUGAAUCCCAUGGCUGAGGAAUUUGUUCCUCCGUCACUGGUAACUAAUUAUCAGGGGUAUUUAGCUGCUGGACCUAAUGCCGGGUUUGGUUACCCUAACAAUUUUAUGAUUCAGAACAAUUCGGGAAAUGCUAAUGGACAGAUUAACAGAAGGAGAAAGAAUGGAUAUAAUAAUGCGAAGCGGAGAGUGAACCAUAAAAUGGAUAUGGAGAAAAGAGAAGAGAUGAUAAGGAGGACUGUUUAUGUGUCUGACAUUGAUCAGCUGGUCACUGAAGAGCAGCUGGCAGCUCUUUUUCUGAACUGCGGUCAGGUUGUUGAUUGCCGUGUAUGUGGGGAUCCCAAUUCUAUUCUUCGGUUUGCCUUCGUCGAGUUUACAGAUGAAGUCGGUGCUAGGACUGCUUUGAACCUGUCUGGAACCAUGCUCGGGUAUUACCCAUUGAGAGUGCUCCCUUCGAAGACUGCCAUUGCACCUGUUAAUCCAACAUAUCUGCCUAGGUCUGAAGAUGAAAGAGAGAUGUGCACUAGAACAAUUUAUUGCACAAAUAUCGACAAGAAGCUUACUACAGCAGAUGUCAAACACUUCUUUGAGUCUCUUUGCGGAGAGGUUCAACGCCUGAGGCUUCUUGGGGAUUACCAUCAUUCUACUCGAAUUGCUUUUGUGGAGUUCACCGUGGCUGAGAGUGCAAUUGCAGCACUGAGCUGUAGUGGCGUGGUUUUGGGCGCACUUGCUAUAAGGGUAAGUCCAUCCAAGACACCAGUCCGCCCUCGCGCAACCCGUCCUCCCAUGCACUGAAUCAUCUGUCAUGUUCCUUGGAUGAAUGCUGCUCAGAGAUAUAUAUUUUACAUAUAUAUACAUACAUAGAAACAGAUAUGUUUUAAGGUACCUGUGGCGUUUAGUCGAAACUUUUGUCGCCAAAACUUGCAGUAUGGUAUCUUUUGUUUCUCGUUGGGGCUAAUAUGAGUUAUUAUCCGUUUAACUUCUAGAGUUGGAUGUCGUUUUGAGGUUCUUUAAGGCUUAAUUUAUGCUGGUCGGUCUCGCAACGAGAGAAUUCUGUGGUUGGAUGUUUCUGACUUCCGGUGUUUACAGAUUAUUUAAAGAAACAUGUUUUAUAA